CAACGGAGGACAACCAGUUGCACGAUGCAUUCCUGGAAUUACUUCCGGAUACUUGCGCAGCUACUCUUCCUCCUCUCCCUCUAUAACGCACGCCACAUUGUAUCAUGGGAAACAUGUCCAACAGACUCCAACUUUACCACCAACAGCACCUACCAUUCCAACCUCAACCUCCUCCUCCCGUCCCUCACCUCGGCCACCGUCCCCUCCGGAUACGCGAACAGAUCUGCAGGGAGUUCCCCAGACCAAGUCUUCGGCCUGGCGCUUUGCCAACUCGACGUUUCUCAAGAUAAAUGCCAAGCUUGCCUCGCCACCGCCGUCGACACCCUCCAUAGUCGCUGCCCCUACGCAAAAGAUGCGGCUACCUGGGGAGAUCACUGCUUCCUUGCUUACUCCAACACAAAUUUCUCGGCCGAGAGCAACAAAUCAUCCUUUUCCCAAAUCUUAUACAACGUAGGAGAAGUUUCGGAGACGUCGAGAUUCGUGGAUCUGGUGGGGGAAUUGAUGAAUGCCCUCAUCAACUGGGCUGCCUACAAGACGGACAGCAUGUUCGCCAUCGGAGAAGCCAAAUUUACGAGCUUCACCAAUCUGUAUGGAUUGGUGCAGUGCACCAGGGAUCAGUCUGAUGAUGACUGCUUUCAGUGUCUUCGGCAGUCGUUGGCUUCAAUGCAGAGUUGUUGCUGGAAAAACCAGGGAGGAGUGGUGUUGAAGUACAGGUGCUUCUUGAGGUACGAGACCUAUUCAUACUAUAAUAUGUCAGUCCCGACAUCUCCACUGCCUCCGCUGUCAUCUGCACUCUCUUCGGCACCUCCGCCUGGCGCUACAGCCAAUCCACCGCCUCCGCCUGCUGUGGUGGACUCCAACUCUUCGUCAUCAUCAGCGAGAGAUGCAGGAAAAAAGCAGAACUCUAAAAUAGUAGUGGCUGUCGUCAUCCCCAUCCUCGGUGCUGUGAUGCUUGUCGCUGCGCUUUUGAUUUUUUUGUGGAGGACGAAAAUAUUUGCCAGAAAGUCGAAUGUUGGAGGAGCGAAAAGUCAAAAGGCAAACUCUCUGUUAUUUGAUUUUGAAACACUGAAGGUUGCAACCAAUAACUUCUCGGACGCAAACAAGCUUGGAGAAGGGGGAUUUGGACCAGUUUAUAAGGGCGUACUAUCUGGUGGCCAGGAAAUAGCUGUGAAAAGACUCGCAAGAAGCUCACAGCAAGGAUUUGCAGAGCUAAGAAACGAGGUUGCAUUUAUUGCUAAGCUUCAGCAUAGAAAUCUUGUGAGGCUCAUCGGUUUUUGCUCGGAAGAAGAGAAGCUACUCGUCUAUGAGUUCCUCCCAAACAGAAGCCUAGACAAAAUUUUGUUUGAUCCCACAAAAUGUGGUCAACUAAACUGGGAAAGGCGAUACAAGAUCAUCGAAGGGAUUGCAAGAGGACUUCUUUACCUUCACGAGGAUUCCCGCCUAAGGAUUAUUCAUCGAGAUCUAAAACCCGGUAAUAUCUUGCUAGAUCAGCACAUGAACCCCAAGAUAUCUGACUUUGGUCUUUCAAAGCUGUUGGUCGACCAAGACAGAUCAAAAGAGAGUGCUAGCCGAAUAGUUGGAACAAACGGAUACAUUGCUCCAGAGUAUGCUUUGCAUCGGCACUUCUCGGACAAAUCAGAUGUGUACAGCUACGGAGUGUUGGUGCUUGAGAUUAUAACUGGUCGAAGAAUCAGCGAGUUUCGUGGAUCAGGUCAUCGCGCAAACCUGCAGAGCUAUGCAUGGAAGUACUGGAACAAAGGGAAGGCGUUGCAGAUAGUGGAUCAAAACUUCUGUGGCAGGUUUCAAAGGGAAGAGGCUUUGCGAUGCAUACGCACGGCGUUACUGUGCGUUCAAGAAAACCCCUCGAAGAGACCCACCAUGGCAUCGGUUGUUCUCAUGCUGAGCAGUUCCUCGAUGACUACUCCAUCUCCUUCUGCUCCUGGGUUUCUCAUUGAGAGAAGUGGAACCACUGAUUCAAAUGAAUCCACAGGAAAUAGGUCUCCAGAAAUCAAGAACGACAGAGAAGGCAGUUCAACGUCAAUAAAUGGAGUCUCAAUUACUGUACUGGAACCUCGACCUACGUCUCUCUAUGCUCCCUCCACGGCAUCCCAAAAUCAACGGAGGACAACCAGUUGCACGAUGCAUGCCUGGAAUUACUUCCCGAUGCUUGCACAGCUCCUCUUCCUCCUCUCCCUCUAUAACGCACGCCACACUGCAUCAUUAGAAAGGUGUCCCACAGACUCCAACUUUACCACCAACAGCACCUACCAUUCCAACCUCAACCUCCUCCUCCCAUCCCUCACCUCGGCCACCGUCUCCACCGGCUCCGCGAACACGUCUGCAGGGCGUUCCCCAGACCAAGUCUUCGGCCUGGCGCGUUGCCAACUCGACGUGUCUCAAGGCAUAUGCCAAGCUUGCCUCGCCACCGCCGUCGACACCCUCCGCAGUAGCUGCCCCUUCGCAAAAGAUGCGGCCACUUGGGGAGAUCUCUGCUUCCUUGCUUACUCCAACACAACUUUCUCGAACGAUAGCGAUAAAUCAUCCUUUUACGAAAUCUUAUACAACGUAAAAGAAGUUCCGGGGCCGCCGCGAUUCGUGGAUCUGGUGGGGGAAUUGAUGGAUGCCCUUAUCAACUGGGCUGCCUACAAGACGGACAGCAUGUUCGCCAUCGGAGAAGCCAACUUUUCGAGCUUCAUCAAAGUGUACGGAUUGGUGCAGUGCACCAGGGAUCAGUCUGAUGAUGACUGCUUUCAGUGUCUUCUGCAGUCGUUGGAUUUAAUGCCGAUUUGUUGCUGGAAACACCAGGGAGGGCGGGUGUUUAAGUACAAGUGCUUCUUGAGGUUCGAGACCUAUUCAUACUAUAAUAUGUCAGUCCCCACAUCUCCACUGCCUCCGCUGUCAUCUUCAUUCUCUUCAGCAUCUCCGCCCAGAGCUACAGCCAAUCCACCGCCUCCGCCUGCUGUGGUGGACUCCAACUCUUCGUCAUCAUCUGCGAGAGAUGCAGGAAAAAGGCGGAACUCUAAAAGAGUAGUGGUUGUCGUCACCCCCAUCCUCGGUGCUCUGAUGCUUGUCGCAGCGCUUUUGAUUUUUUUGUGGAGGACGAAAAUAUUUGCCAGAAAGUCGAAUUUUGGAGGAGCGAAAAGUCGAAAGGCAAACUCUCUGUUAUUUGAUUUGGAGACACUGAAGGUUGCAACCAAUAACUUCUCGGACGCAAACAAGCUUGGAGAAGGGGGAUUUGGACCAGUUUAUAAGGGCGUACUAUCUGAUGGCCAGGAAGUAGCUGUGAAAAGACUCGCAAGAAGCUCACAGCAAGGAUUUGCAGAGCUAAGAAACGAGGUUGCUUUUGUUGCUAAGCUUCAGCAUAGAAAUCUUGUGAGGCUCAUCGGGUUUUGCUCAGAAGAAGAGAAGCUACUCGUCUAUGAGUUCCUCCCAAACAGAAGCCUAGACAAAAUUUUGUUUGAUCCCACAAAAUGUGGUCAACUAAACUGGGAAAGGCGCUACAAGAUCAUCGAAGGGAUUACAAGAGGACUUCUUUACCUUCAUGAGGAUUCCCGCCUACGGAUUAUUCAUCGAGAUCUAAAACCCGGUAAUAUCUUGCUAGAUCAGCACAUGAACCCCAAGAUAUCUGACUUUGGUCUUUCAAAGCAGUUGGUCGACCAUGACGGAUCAAAAGAAAGUGCUAGCCGAAUAGUUGGAACAAACGGAUACAUUGCUCCAGAGUAUGCUUUGCAUCGGCACGUCUCGGACAAAUCAGAUGUGUACAGCUACGGAGUGUUGGUGCUUGAGAUUAUAACUGGUCGAAGAAUCAGCGAGUUUCAUGGAUCAGGUCAUCGCGCAAACCUGCAGAGCUAUGCAUGGAAGUACUGGAACAAAGGGAAGGCGUUGCAGAUAGUGGAUCAAAACUUAUGUGGCAGGUUUCAAAGGGAAGAAGCUUUACGAUGCAUACGCACGGCGUUACUCUGUGUUCAAGAAAACCCCUCGAAGAGACCGACCAUAGCAUCGGUUGUUCUCAUGCUAAGCAGUUCCUCGAUGACUACUCUAUCUCCUUCUGCUCCUGGGUUUCUCAUUGAGACUAGUGGAACCACUGAUUCAAAUGAAUCCACAGGAAAAAGGUCUCCAGAAAUCAAGAACGAGAGAGAAGGCAGUUCAACGUCAAUAAAUGAAGUCUCAAUUACUGUAUUGGAACCUCGACAAUAGACAGUCACGGAUCUUGCUUUAUGUUGAAACACAGCAGCUGAUUUGGUUGGUCGACAUUGGAACAGUGUAUUCGUUGAGAUUAGAAAGUGAAACUUUCGAUAGCAUUAGAAUUGACUCUCUCAAUAUCUAAAUUGAACUUGGCAUUCA